CCUCAAAACCGCCUGCAAAGUGCUCCGGGCGGCAGAAGCAGGCCGCCAGCCCCGCGGAGCAAACCGUUCGCCCCGGGGCUGAGCGCGCGCGCGAGGCUGCUGCGGGGCAGCGCCGCGGUAGCUGGCGGGCGCCGGUGCCCUCGGUGCGGGGCUCGGGCUCACCAUGCCCCUGCGGGGCCCGGCCGCCGGGCACCAGCGGAUCCCCGGGUUGCCCCCGCCUCGACGCGCUCGGAUUAGCUGCAGCCGGCGCUCCGGGAUUUGAAUCUGGAGCCCCGGAGGGAGCGCGCCUACACCGACCUCGGAGCGACGGCCCCGCGGCCAACAUGCUUCGCCAAGGUUGCUGUGUGGAGCUGCUGCUGCUGCUGCUGCUACUGGCCGGGGAGCUGCCCCUGGGUGGCGGCUGCCCACGAGACUGCGUGUGCUACCCGGCGCCCAUGACGGUCAGCUGCCAGGCACACAACUUUGCUGCCAUCCCCGAGGGCAUCCCGGAGGACAGCGAGCGCAUCUUCCUGCAGAACAACCACAUCACCCUUCUCCAGCAGGGCCACUUCAGCCCCGCCAUGGUCACCCUGUGGAUCUACUCCAACAACAUCACCUUCAUCGACCCCAACACCUUCGAGGGCUUCGUGCACUUGGAGGAACUGGACCUCGGCGACAACCGCCAGCUGCGGAUGCUGGCGCCCGAGACCUUCCAGGGCCUGGUGAAGCUCCACGCCCUCUACCUCUACAAGUGCGGCCUCAGCGCCCUGCCGGCGGGCAUCUUCGGCGGCCUGCAUAGCCUGCAGUACCUCUACCUGCAGGACAACCACAUCGAGUACCUCCAGGACGACAUCUUUGUGGACCUGGUCAACCUCAGCCACCUGUUCCUCCACGGUAACAAGCUGUGGAGCCUGGGCCAGGACACCUUCCGGGGCCUGGUCAACCUGGACCGCCUGCUGCUGCACGAGAACCAGCUGCAGUGGGUGCACCGCAGAGCGUUCCACGACCUCCGCAGGCUCACCACCCUCUUCCUCUUCAACAACAGCCUCUCCGAGCUGCAGGGCGAGUGCCUGGCACCGCUGGGGGCCCUGGAGUUCCUGCGCCUCAACGGGAACCCCUGGGCCUGCGGCUGCCGGGCUCGCUCCCUGUGGGAGUGGCUGCGCAGGUUCCGAGGCUCCUGCUCCGUCGUCCCCUGCGUGUCCCCGGAGCUGCGGCAAGGUCAGGACCUGAAGCUGCUGAGGGCCGAGGACUUCCGGAACUGCACUGGGCCAGCCUCUCCGCACCAGAUCCAGUCCCACACGCUCACCACCACCGACAGGGCCGCCAGAAAGGAGCACCACCCUGGCCACCGCCCCGCCAAGGACAGGGGCCACCCGCCAGGCUCCCGGAAGCCCGGCAAGAACUGCACCAGUCACAGGAACCGGAACCAGAUCGCUAAGGCGGGCGUCGGCAAGCAGGCUCAGGAGCUGCAGGACUAUGCUCCCGACUACCAGCACAAGUUCAGCUUUGACGCGCUGCCCACCACACGGCCCAAGAGGAAGGGCAAGUGUGCCCGUAGGACCCCCAUCCGGGCCCCCAGUGGGGUGCAACAGGCCUCCUCAGCCACGUCCCUGGGGGCCUCCCUCCUGGCCUGGAUCCUAGGUCUGGCGGUCACCCUCCGCUGAGGACCCAGGGGGUGGGAGGGCGCGUGCCCAGCACUGCCACCUGUCCACCAAGGAACAGCAUUUAUUUUCUUCUCUUUUUUGGACAAAUGGAGGAGCUGCUAGGUUUCAGGGAAAGGCUGGUAGGGGCUCUAGCCACUGCCUGGGCUCUGCCCAGUGGAGUAUAAGCCCAACGUGUACAGCCCCAGGCAGAAGGGGGUGAGUGCACAUCGCCCAGCUGCCCCUCCCCUCACCAAGCACCCAUGGACAGCGUCCACGCCAGCGAGGCAGUACC